AUGGCCCACCCACGACUCCUCUGCUUCGGUGACCAAACCAGUGAUUCAUGCACCCGUAUCAAAGAGUUAUAUGCGAAGGCAACCCAAUACAAUCGUCUACGCGACUUCCUGACUGCCGUCGACCGUCUCGUCCGCUCACGGUCAUCCGGUGUAUCGACUACUGAGAGCACUAAUAUUGAUGACUAUGAUUCAAUGGAUACCAUGGCUGAGGCAUACGCUCAGCGAACGGAUUAUGAUGUCGUUGUAUCCACCGUGCUGCUCUGCGUAGCGCAACUUGGGGGUCUGAUUCUACACCUAGAGAAGGACCCAACUCUCCUGUGGGGCCAAACUGCCAGGUUGCACAUUAUUGGUCUCUGCACUGGGUUGUUCCCGGCAGCUCUGGCGGCCACUGUCCCAUCACCAGCAGAGUUGCUCCCUCUGUCCUUGCUCAUGGUUAUGUUAUCGUUGCGCCUAGCAAUCCAGGUGGACCGCCGAUCUCGCUGCAUUGAGGCUUCGACCCAGAGUUGGGCAGUCUCAGUGAAGCGGGCCUCGGCUGGUGAGCUGGAGAGGGUGAUUUCUUUCUUUAACGAGGAACAUGAGCUUCCAGAACAUAAACAGGCGUAUAUAAGCUCCGAGCUUGAUACAUCUGUGACGAUCAGUGGCCCUCCAUCCACACUCUCCCUCCUUAUGCGCCAUUCCUCAAUUAGCAACCUUCCAAAGUCGGAACUGCCAAUCGCCGCCGCAUACCAUGCGCCCCAUCUUAAUAGACCUAGCUUGGAAGAUAUUCUAGGGCCUUUGAAGGUUCCAGACCUCCGAGUCCGGCGAAACGUUACGGUGGUAUCUCCGAGUUCGGGCAUGCCAUAUGCCACUGCCUCCUUGCGCGGAUUGCUGCAUUUCAUGAUGGUUGAUCUGCUCCAAAAUAGGGUUUCCUGGAAUAGGAUGAUGAGGGGACUCCCUCCAGGUCUGAGAACAUCCAAUGCUACGGUGGCUGUUGCACCGAGCGACCAGCACGGUUCACUGAUAGACGAAUCCUUCCUGGGUGAGUACUUAAAUGCUGACGAUAACGCUGUCGUCAUUGUUGGAAUGUCAUGCCGGCUUCCGGAUGUCGGCUCGCCGGAUGAUCUGUGGAAGAUACUAGAGAACAGUCAGAGCAUCUGUAAAAGGGCACCUGCAGACCGUCUUGAUGUCAAACCUUGUGUGAACAGUUCCAAGAGUGUCAUGGACAGCAGUCAAGUGGUACAGGGCUGCUUCCUCGACCAGGCCGGGCUGUUUGACACCAACCUGUUCAACGUGUCUCCUGAUGAGGCUAAGGAGAUUAACCCAUGCAAGCGACUGCUACUCCUCGCCACGUACGAGGCACUUGAAAGUGCCGGGUAUACCCCUCAUAGCGGCAACUCUCGGCGCGUGGGUACUUUCAUUGGACAGGCCACAGACGAGUCAGACUACCUUCGCGAUGCUGUGGGAGCUAGUGGAUUAAAUGAUUACUUCAUGUGGGAUGGCCCUUCAUAUACCAUUGACACAACCUCUUCUUCGACCACAGCCCCUAUGGAGAUGGCGUACCAUGCUCUACGUCGGGGUGAGUGUGACAUUGCGGUCGUUGGUGGCUGUACUCUCUUGUCCGAGCGGGCGUACAACUCCAAUGAGGACGGGCACUUUCGCUCGGUAGGAGUGGGUGUGGUUAUACUUAAACGGCUGCCAGACGCGCUCAAGGGCAAUGAUCGCAUUCGGGGUGUUAUCACGGCUGUGGCCUCUAGACAUACAGCCCAUCCCCUCUCCAACCCUCAUGCAAACGUGUUGACUCAGCAACGGCUAUUGAAAGAUGUCCUGCGACGAGCCCGUCUUGAUCCGGAGAAUCUAGACUAUGUAGAAGUGGCUGGAGCCGAUGACGAGCAAAGUCUGGACCAGAUUGAAUCGAUCGUGAAUCUCCAGUCAUUUACGCCUGAAGGAAGUGAGCCCCGGCGCAUUGGCUCUGUCAAGCAGAAUGUCGGCAAUGUAGGAGCAGCCACUGGCAUUCUUUCUGUGCUCAAAUCUGUCCUCAUGCUGGAACGGGGGUUUAUCCUGCCUUAUUUCGAUAACAAGUCAGCUUCGAAUCGACAGUUGGCCAAUCGCAAAGUUGAAGUUCCUCAAUCCGGAGUGGUGUUCCUGCACUCUCGUCCGGGGGGUAAUACGCAGCGCAUUUUGGUCAACGACUCCAAUGCCACGGGAGACAAUAAGGCAUUAAUCAUUCAAAGUUAUCCCUGUGAUAUCCCUCAAGAGGGUUCUGACCAACGCGACAACCAUAUAGUGGCGCUGUCCGGACAGACGGUGAAGUCCCUGAGAGGCAAUCAAGAGCGACUUCUACAGUUUUUGCAGGCACAGCCCGAGGCGCGACUGGCCGAUGUAGCAUAUACGACAACUGCCCGACGCGUGCAUCAUGCGUACCGCCGCGCAUAUUCAGUGAGUCAUGUCCAGCAGCUCAAGGAGAUGCUGCAGAAGGAGCUCGCCGACCCCCUGCCUCUGGAUCUUGUUGGCAAUCCACCAAGCCGGGUAUUUGUUUUCACUGGUCAAGAGGGACAAUAUCCGGCGAUGGGGCGACAGCUCUUCAGGACAUGUCCUGCCUUCAAACGACGACUGCUUGAAUGUAACACUAUCUGCGCACAGCUUGGAUACGGACCGUUUGUAGAUAUCAUUAAACGGAACGAUCUCGAGCUAGGCGACAUGACACCCGUCCAGAGCCAGCUCGCUCUGGUCUCGUUGGAACUGGCACUGGCUGAUGCAUGGCAGGCAUGGGGCGUUACACCCGAAAUGGUUAUGGGACAUAGCUUGGGUGAGUACGCAGCAUUGUGCGUAGCAGGCGUUCUCUCUCUCUACGACACGUUAUAUAUGGUUGGAGCGAGAGCACAGCUUAUCCAGCGCGACUGCGCUCGGGGCGCACACGGCAUGCUUGCCAUCGGAUCCGAUCCCAAAACUAUUCGAGACAUACUGCUACAAUAUGAAGAGUUUGCUGGUUGCACAAUAUCCUGUCUCAAUGGUCCCUCUUCAACGGUCGUGAGCGGGGAGCAUGACCAGCUCUGCCUGCUCAAGGACCACCUAGCGGGGACACCCACCCGACUCCUCCCUGUGCCAUUCGGAUUCCACUCACCACAGAUGGAUUCUACACUGGAUGAGUACCGUCAGCUGUGCUCAUCCAUUCAGUUCAAUACCCCACGGAUGCCAGUUAUUUCCACACUCACGGGUCAUGCUAUUGAGAAUGCUGGAAUAUUCGGAUCAGGUUACCUUGCAAGGCAAAGCCGAGAGCCGGUCAAUUUCCAGGAGGCAGUCCGAACCUGCGAAAUGAAGCUUACCGAGAAAGGGAAAGGACUCUGGCUUGAAAUCGGCCCUACACCGGUCUGCACUGACAUGGCUCUAUCCCAGCUAUCGAUCGCAGGGCAACACAUGCUAUUCUCCCUCAGUCCUAAGCGGGAUGACUGGGAAGUCAUCUCACAGGCACUGACUCAACUUUAUACAAUCGGAUCAGACAUAAAUUGGGGAGCUUUCCACUCAGACUAUGCCAACAACCUCCAGCCUCUCGACCUACCCACAUAUUCCUUCGAUUUAAAGGACUUUGGCAUCCCAUAUCAGAAGAAUGGUGCACUCAAGACAGGAGGCAGACCUAUUGCACCCAGUAGGGUGCAAACUUUCUCUAGCAGUACCCUGCACAAUAUAGAGAAAGAAGUGCAUGACGAGAACAGAUCUGUGGUAACAUUUUCAUCGGAUCUCUCGCAACAAACCUUACUUUCUGCUCUCAAAGGCCAGAGCAUGCUGAGCCAGGGCGUCUGUCCAAGCUCGGUCUACACGGACAUGGCUUUGACAGCUGCCUCUUACACGUUCAAAGCAAUGGAAGCAGUCACCGACGUACCUUCCAUGAAUGUGUCCAACAUGGAAAUUAUUCAGCCACUCGUCGUGCGACAGGAUCAACCCUUCCCUGUUCUCAAGGUCCGCGCCGAACGCAGCAAGGGAAGCAACUGCGUGGAAGUCGUGUGUACCACGCGGACCCCAUCCAGCCCAGACGAGCAACGACAUGCCCGAUGUACUGUCUACUUCGACGCGAGCGAUUCUACGAAGCAAGACUUGAAGGACAGAAGCCAUCACACUCAGGCCAAAUGUGAUACCCUGCAACGAGCAUCCCGCACCGGCUCGGCUCAUCAUCUUCGCAACAGCAUGAUUUAUAGACUCUUCUCUCAACCCAUUGUGUACGGUCCCCGCUACCGAUGCAUCCGGGAAAUCACUAUGUACGAAGAAAUCCGAGAAGCAACGGCCACAAUCAAGUUUCCCAAACCCACGACCGGUGAGACCUUCACUGUCAGCCCGUACUGGAUGGACUCGUUCAUCCAACUAGGCAGCUUCGCUCUCAACGCACACGACAACGCUCCAGAGGACACAUCAUUCAUCUGCACAGGCUGGUGGAAGCUCUGGGCCCCAGCUGACCUGUCACCUGAUCGGGAGUAUACCAGCUACGUGCACAUGCAAGAGGCCGAGACAGAAAGCGGAUUACACAUUGGCGAGGUGUAUCUCUUGUCCGAUGGACAGAUUGUAGGAGGAUGCACCGGACUGCGAUUCCAGGAGCUUCCGAGACCUGAAUUGUGUGAGCUCCUUACUACGGGUACCGGCCGUGGUGUUGCAAAAGUACCUGCUUCGAGUACUGAGCCUGAAGCUCCGUCGUACACCAAACCUCAGAUUAUCAAGGGCAAAGCGGUACGGUUUCUUCGGCUAUUAUGA